AUGGAGAACAGAGCAAGACGCCAAGAGGAGGAAGACGUGAAACAUGACACGGAUUCGGCAAAAAGGAGAGCCGUAAGAGGCUUCCUCAGCACGGGCGAUCAGGCUGCUAAAGGGAACUACGGGCUGCUGGACCAGAUUCAGGCUUUGAGGUGGAUCAGCGAGAACAUCGGCUUCUUCGGAGGAGAUUCCAACCGCAUUACCGUAUUUGGAUCUGGGAUCGGAGCUUCCUGCGUCAGCCUGCUCACCCUCUCCCAUCACUCCGAAGGUCUGUUCCACAGAGCUAUCAUUCAGAGCGGGUCCGCACUCUCCAGCUGGGCCGUGAACUACCAGCCGGUCAAGUACACCCGUCUCCUGGCAGAGAAGGUGGGCUGCAACGUCCUCGACACCUCAGACAUGGUGGACUGCCUACGGAAGAAGAGCUCCAGGGAGCUGGUGGAGCAGGACAUCCAGCCUGCCAGGUACCACGUGGCCUUUGGACCCGUCAUCGAUGGGGAUGUUAUUCCAGAUGACCCUGAGAUUCUAAUGGAGCAGGGCGAGUUUCUCAACUACGACAUCAUGCUGGGGGUGAAUCAGGGCGAAGGCCUGCGGUUUGUGGAGAACGUGGUGGAUUCGGAGGACGGUGUGUCUGGAAACGACUUUGACUUCUCCGUGUCGGAUUUUGUGGACAGCUUGUACGGAUACCCAGACGGAAAGGACACUCUGAGGGAGACCAUUAAGUUCAUGUACACGGACUGGGCAGACAGAGACAAUCCGGAGACUAGGCGAAAAACGCUGGUGGCUCUCUUCACCGACCACCAGUGGGUGGAGCCGUCGGUGGUGACUGCUGAUCUCCACGCUCGCUACGGCUCACCCACCUACUUCUACGCCUUCUACCACCACUGCCAGAGUCUUAUGAAGCCUGCGUGGUCAGACGCGGCCCACGGGGACGAAGUGCCGUAUGUCUUUGGAAUUCCUAUGAUUGGUCCCACCGAUCUUUUUCCCUGUAACUUCUCCAAGAAUGAUGUCAUGCUCAGUGCUGUCGUGAUGACCUACUGGACCAACUUUGCCAAAACUGGGGACCCCAACAAACCAGUUCCCCAAGACACCAAGUUCAUCCACACCAAGGCUAACCGCUUCGAAGAGGUGGCCUGGUCCAAGUACAAUCCCCAGGACCAGCUCUAUCUGCACAUCGGCCUGAAGCCGCGCGUGCGUGACCACUACCGGGCCACCAAAGUGGCCUUCUGGAAACACUUAGUGCCCCAUCUCUACAACCUCCAUGAACUGUUCCACUACACCUCUACCACCACCAAAGUGCCACCGCCGGAGACCACACCGAAAAGCGUGUCCACCAAGAGGCCCAACGGGAAGAACUGGCCCUUCAAUACCAAGCGCCCCCCCAUGUCGCCCGCCUACAACAGCGAGGAUAAGGACUCUUGGAGCGAGGACGAGGAGACGGGGCCUCUUGUGGUCGACAACCCGAGGGACUACUCCACGGAGCUCAGCGUCACCAUCGCGGUGGGAGCCUCGCUGCUGUUCCUCAACGUCCUGGCUUUCGCGGCCCUCUAUUACCGCAAGGACAAGCGGCGGCAGGACUCCGGCCACGGGCAGCCCAGCCCGCAGCGCCAGACCACCGCCAACGACAUCGGUCACCACGCGCCCGAGGAGGAGAUCAUGUCCUUGCAGAUGAACCAGACGCACCACGAGUGCGAGGCGGGGAACAGCAACGAAGGGGCGCUGCGCCUGGCCUCGUUGCCCGACUACACGCUCACGCUGCGCCGCUCCCCGGACGACAUCCCGCUCAUGACGCCCAACACCAUCACCAUGAUUCCCAACUCCCUGGUGGGCAUGCCCAACCUCCACCCGUACAACACCUUCACAACUGGCUUCAACUCCACCGGCCUGCCGCACUCCCACUCUACCACCCGCGUAUAG